AUCAUGUAUCUGAUGUGGAAAAGAGAGAGAGCGACAGUGACACGGGACAGGUCUGCCUGCCUCUUUCCCGUUUCUCUGCGAUCGACGCACUCCGCAUCUACCAGCGAUGUCUUUCAGGCGCCGUGUGGCGCUGCUAUUUGAGAGUGUGUUUAGAAAGGCACAGUAAAAGGGCGAAACCGUUUCUCUGUCUCUCAUUUGUGAUGGAUCCAGAGAUGGGCCGCCACUCGUCGGACAGUGAGAAUGACAGCCGCAGCAGCCGCAGGAAGAAGAGGCACCGACAUCGCUCUUCCUCUUCCUCCAGCUCAUCAGGAAGCCGCGUGACCAGCCACAGCAAGAGGUCCAGUCGGAGGACGAGGUCCCGCUCAAGAGACCGAGACCGUGAUCGAGACAGAAGGCGUAGGAGGAGGUCCAGCAGCAGCUCCUCCUACGAGUCGUCACGGAAGAAGAGGAGCAGCCGCAGUACGGAGAGGGGCAAGGCCCACCGCUCCCGGAAGUCCCGGUCCCGCAGCCGAAACAGGAGGUCUCGUUCUCACCAUCGUCGAUCGCGCAGCCGCAGUAGUGGACGGUCCAGUCACAAACACAGCCGCAGCAGAAGCAGAUCGCGGGACCGCAGCCGGCGCAAAGCCCGGGAGAAGGAAAAAGAGAAGGGACGCGACCACACAAGAGACCGUGACCGAGGCAAGGAGAAGGCUAAAGACCGGGGCAAGGAGAAGGAGACACGUGCAGACAAACAGGGGGAUGCCGGAAACAUCAAAGCGGGAUUAGAACAUCUGACUCCAGCAGAACAAGCGAAGGCUAGGCUCCAGCUGGUUCUGCAGGCAGCAGCUAAAACCGAUGAAGUGCUGAAAGCCAAGGAGAAGAAAGAGGAAGCGGCAAGGAAGAGGAAGGAAGAAGAGGAGGCCUCGCUGGAGGAGCAAGUGAGGAGGAUAAAGGACAUCGAAGCCAUCGAGAGCGAGUCCUUUGUUGCCCAGGCUUUCAAAUCAACCCGAGACGGCAAAAAGGCCACUGAUCCGGCAGAAAUCAAAGAGCCAGACUCUGCAGACCCACCCCGUGACAAAGUGGACCUUGCCCUUCCCACGACCAUCCGCUAUCAUGACAGCGACACUCUCGCUCACCCCAAUCUGUUCGUGGACAAAGAGGAGGCGGAGGAGAAGUGGCUGAACAGGCUGAUUGCCCUUCGGCAGGAGAGGCUCAUGGGAAGUCCUGUGCAGUGAUCUGUGCUCAGUGCCUACCAGGCCCAAUAUUGCUGCGAUCUGACACAAGUACAGUGAGCAAUUGGUGUGUUCACCGGCGCCCCUCUGCGUCAGCUGCUGUAGAGUGAAGGUGACCAGAGCCGAGCCGGUAAUUGAGCCUCGCCUCUUUGGUACAUACCGUUUCUCAGUCCGCCACAGCUGCAGCCACGCAUGAUGUCCAAAACCUCAGUUCCUUCAACGUGUUGUAGAGAACAGGAGUCCUGUGAAACAAAGAAUUUGCUCUUUUAUGUUUGUUUUCCCUCUAAGUUUUGUGACGUUU